UCGAGAGGGUCGUGCAUGUGGGUGUGGGGUGGGUGCACUCCGAAUGACCAAAAGCAAUAUGCUCUGGUCCAAUCAGUCUCAGUGCCUACCUUCACACAUAAACAGCAGGGCACUCAGGUCUGUCAGAGCGCACAGACCUACACAUACACACACACCUACACACUUGUCACAUUCACACAUACACGCACACACACACACUUAACACACCCACCCUCCCUCUUCAAGGCACCCUGCGCGACCUCUCACCAUUGGCCAAAUCCCGGAGCCCUCAGCAUCUCCAUCACGGCUGAAGGGACCAUUCGGGAAAGCAGGAGACAGAGGUGGACUAUGAGGAUGCUCGUGCAGCUUGUGUUGGGACUCUUUGUCCUCCAAGCCGUGGUGGCCAGCCCCAGAUUUUCCCGACAAGUGGACUCAUACGACAGUGCCAACUAUGAUGUGGAUCAAGACCAUUUAAAUUUGGAGAACCAGGAUAUCUAUGACUACGAAGACGGGCUGACAAUUGAUGAUCCUCAGAUAGAGAUUGGAACUCUGGCCCCACCUGACUAUAACUACCCUGUACCCGAGGCCUCGUUGGAAGAACAAGAAGCCGAGGAGGAGGAGGAAGAGUUGCCCCUAAAACCCCAGCUCAUCCCUCAGGGUUCAGGGGGAUCUGGGGUUCUCAUGGGCCCAGACACACAGAAAGAGGUGGAGCUGCAUCUGACGCCCAUUGACAUCCUUCAUGUCUCCGGGGAUUUUGGGGGCUCCGUAGGGUCUGGGGCCUCUGGAACUUCUGGGGCUUCUGGGUCUGGAGGCUCAGGAGACCUACUGGUCUCCGGUGCCUCUGGGGGUUCUGGUGACAUUGUACUGAUCUCUGGAGCCUCUGAGGAGCUCCUCAGCUCUGGGGGAUCUGGGGAGUUCUUGGUAUCUGGGGAUCUCUUGAUAUCUGGGGAUCUCUCAGGAUCUGGGGAUAGCAUGGGAUCCGCAGCUUCUGGAGCCUCCGGGGACCUUGGCUCUGGAGGGAUUUCCAUUGAACUCCCCCUGGGCUCUGGAGGGUCUGGGGACCAGUCUGGUUCUGGGUUCUCCGGAGAUCUCUUGAUCUCAGGGGCCUCCGGAAGCUCUGGGGUUUCUGGGGACUCUGGUGAGUCCGAGGACUCAGGGAUAACAUUGUUGUCUGGAGAGGAGGAGCUGCCCCUCAUUCCCGAGACUACCCCCAGCGAGGCAUCAGGUGUUUCUGGGGAGUUCUCAGGAGCUUCAGGAACCUCAGGGGCCUCUGGGGACCAUGGAGCCUCUGGAGACUUAGGGUUCUCUGGAGCUUCUGGGGCUUCUGGUGUUUCUGGCUCUGGAGACACAGAGGUCCCUGAGGUAACUCUGGUCCCCGACACUGAUAAAGAGGAGGAGCUGCUUCCGGCAACACCAGAAACCCCUCAGGAGGGUACUGGCAGUGUAGAAGGGUCAGUUAGCUCUGGAUUGCCAGAUGAACCUGAUGAGCCUGAUGAGCCUGUGGUUGACAGGGAAGGUAUGCCCACUUGCUUGCUGUGCACAUGCCUUGGUGGCUCGGUCUACUGUGAUGACUUGAAGCUGGAUAGUGUACCACCUCUUCCCAAAGACACCACUCACUUCUAUGCCCGCUACAACAGAAUCACCAAGAUCAACAAGUCCGACUUCGCCUUCAUGAACAAGCUGAAGAGGAUCGACUUAACCGCCAACGAGUUAACAUCCAUCGAUGAUAAUGCAUUCUUGGGUCUGCCUGAGCUGGAGGAGCUGGUGAUUCGAGAAAAUCAUAUCUCACAGCUGCCUGCUCUCCCCGAGACCAUGAGCUUGAUCGAUGCCAGCCAUAACAACAUUGGUACCAAGGGUAUUCACAAAGAGGCGUUCAAAGAUAUGACUAGCCUGCUGUACCUGUACCUAACAGACAACCACAUUGAUUACAUCCCCGUACCUCUACCAGACAGCCUGCGAUCUCUACACCUACAGCGUAACAAUAUUCAAAUGAUGCAUGAGGACACAUUCUGCAACCUGAAAGAUUUCAACUACAUCAGGAACGCACUGGAGGACAUCCGUCUGGACGGCAACCCCAUCAACCUCAGCAGGACCCCACAGGCUUACAUCUGCCUGCCCCGUAUACCCAUCGGGGAUCUCAUUUAACCACACAGACACAUGCACACUGACUCCCACGAAUACAACCACAUGCACACAUAUUUGUACAUAGACACACAAAACCACACACGCAGACAUGCAUACAAUUUAUCAAUCCUCAAUCAAUUCAUUUCAAUAGUGUUUUUUUUAAAGCUGUCAAAUGCUGCUGACGUAUACUACAGAUCAGUAAAACUGUGUGGAAAUUCAAACAUCCACAAAGACAUAAAUUAUGAGUCAGAUUCUGGUGAUCAAGCACAUACACACCGCUCUACUGCACCCUCUUCCUGUUGUUCAGAUUUU